AUGUCACACCUAAGGCCCAACAUUCAAAAACGUCCAUUUACCGAAAAUGAAAAACGUGCCAUCAUAUCGAUGUACCUUCGAUAUGGCCCCAGUUGGACACUAAUAGCAAGCAACUUACCGGGGCGUUCGGCACUCAUGGUGAAGAAUUUCUGGUAUAAUAUGGACGAGAGAGUGCGAAUCCGAGUUAAGAUGUCCAUAGCUCGAUUAAUUUAA